CUGGGGCGGGGGCCAGGCGGUGUCGGAAGCUGCCGUGGGCGCCGGAAGCGGAGAACUGCGGUGCCGGGGGCCGCGUGGCUGUGCCCGGGAGUCGGAGAGCGUUCGCGUCGUUCUGGCCCCGGCAUGGGCCUCCUGAGCGGGGCGGCUCGCGCCCUGGUGCGGGGCGCCGACCGAAUGAGCAAGUGGACCAGCAAGCGGGGCCCGCGCACCUUCUACAAGAGCCGCGGCGCCAAGGGCAUCGGCUUCCACGGCCGCGACGGCAGGUUCGUGCAGGUCAAGGAAAUGGUCCCGGAGCUGGUGGUCCCCGAUCUGGCCGGCUUCAGGCUCAAGCCGUACGUGAACUACCGCGCCCCGGAAGGCACAGACGCUCCCCUGACGGCCAAGCAGCUCUUUCUGGAGACAGCGGCACCUGCUAUCGAGAAGGACUUCAAGGCCGGGACUUUCGACCCUGAGCGCCUGGACAAGUACGGCUUUGAGCCCACGCAGGAAGGCAAGCUCUUCCAGCUGUACCCCAAGAACUUCCCGCGCUAGGAGCAGUCAGCGGCGGCGGUGGCCGGGUGUGCCUGCGACUGAGGACUUCGACCUAUCCUCCUCGCCGAGCCUAGUUCCCGGGUGGCGGGUGGGGAGGCGUUGCCCUCGUUUCGCUUCUAUUAAAGACCUUGGCUACCCUA